AUGCCCGCAGCGAAAGUGUUCGGCAUAUUCGGCGGGCAGAGGCCGACCGAGAGGCAGCCACCCGCCCCGGCCGCGGCCCACAGCAGGGCGAUGCAAAAACUGUACAGGACCUUCUCAGUAGGCGCGGGAAACCCGAGCGAGCCGAAGUGCGGGAAAGUGACCGCGAUCGCCGCCUGCAUAGAGAAACGCAUCGUCAGUGAACCGAGCGCCAGGAACAACAGUGAUAACGUGCAAAACAAUACGUAUGUCCCCGACGUCGGCGUGAACAGUGUGAGCGGUGUGACGGACGCCCCUAAGAGGCAGCGCGCGUACGAAAAUGUCCAAAUAAAAACAGUGCUUCGGGACAAACUGCUCGAGGAGACGAAGGGCUACUCGUCGAUUUACGAAAAUAUUAUAAUUGUGGAUAAGCAGAAGGAAGUGAAAACUAAAGGCGAUUCCAGCGCUGAAUCUAAACUUAAUAGAGCGCUAGAAUCUUUCGACAAAAUAUUGUCAGAGUUUUCUUCAAGCACAUCUUUGACUGGCGAUGUAAAUGGUAAUACAUUCAUUGUGCCUAAAUUACAAAAGUCUAAAACUUGUAGCAUAAUCGAGUCGCGUUGCAUAUUGAAAAAAUCCAAUUCGGACCCGGAGACGGACCACAAAUUACGUAAUAAAGUGACAAGAAACAAAUCCAUAGACAAAACAACGAGCCUGUGGAACCUCGACGACAUGAAGGGUAAGGAAUUAUCUGCUCCCAUAAUGCCUUUAACCACAAUACACAACGACAAAAUUAAUUCGGACAAAUACGCAACUUAUAAAAUUUCUUCUAAAACCACUUCGCGUCCCAACUGUUUGAAAACAGAGGAACUUAAGAACCUUGACGUGAAAACUAGAAUUCUUAAAAAGACCUUAUCAAAUCCACCAUCAACACCAGUCCCAGUCAUUCCAAAAACUAAAUCAGUGCCAAAAAAAUUAAACGAAACGAAAAAAAUACGCCCAAAAGUAUGCACCGAGAAAUCACGAUCGAGUUUGGACGCCAAGGAAAUGCCAAGAUCUCAAAUGCAGAAGGCAAAAAGCGUAUGGGAGAUAGGUAAUGAAGCUGUCAUUUCGACAAACCUAGAAAGAACCAAAUCAACAACUUCUAUCGCGGGCUCUCCGAGUAAGAUCCCGGUGAUUAGGAGUCAAAUGUCGCAGAACAAAUUCAGCAGCGCCAGAGCGCUGUUUUCUCCCACUCCACUUGAUCUAAACAAUGUAGACCAGGCCAGAGAGUGUGCUCAGAAAAAAAGGCCAACCGCGACAAGAAAAACCACAGAGAAAUUCGAACCAAAGCAAACAAAACAAAAGUCCCAGCUUAAUUUAAAGGCGGACUCGAAACGACAGUGUGACAAAAGCAAGAAAGAGAUUACCGACAAAAAACCAACGUCCUCUCCGAAAUUAUCGAUAAGGGAUUACUCGGAAGAAAUAAACGCAGUGCGAGCAAAGCUGCAACAGAAGAAAAUAAACAACAAAAGAGACCUCGUCGUCUCGCUGCCGGUGACGAAACGAAAUGAAAACGCGCCGGAAGCAAUCGAUUCGACCCUGUCACCUGUCAAGUACAUUGUGAAAAAGCUGGAAUACAAGACCGCUUUGGAAUCAAAGGCGGACGCCGCUCAGUUUUUGAGCUGCAAGGUGAUCCCGCCGGUGCACAAGGAGGUGUGCGUAGCGAACACCACAUUCCACAACCACCUGAGCACACUCGUCGGCCGCCAAGUGAGAUGCAUCGAGCCGCUCGACGACGCGAAGACGUGCUCCCAAACGGAAAAGAUGGAUUUGCACAAGCACGCCAUGGAGAAGAUAUCCGACACGCAUUCCGACUGCAGCGACGACUCGGGCCACGUUUCCAACGAGACGGCUUUCGACAACGUGCUGGAGCUGAGCGGCGCCGACGAGGUGGACUGCAAAAGCUUCGCGCCGCAGCAGUUCGGGAUGGCGUUGCCGGGGAGCGCGCAGAGCGUGUGCCCCGCAAGGCCCGCGAGGCGCGGCGGGCGCGGCAUCGAGGUCGCUAGCGGUACCCGAGCCGCCGACGAUGCGAAAGCGGACGCACAGGUACGCGACACUGUUAACGUAUCGCCGUGCACGUAUUACCGAAUUGUUACAGGUGCUCGUUCGCUGACGACGAUCGCUGGUGCGACCUUACUCUCG